UUUCUCUGAUGAAAAUAAGCUCGGUGAAGGUGGAUUCGGCCCUGUGUACAAGAUUAAACAAAGGGUAUGCAUUUGGACUGGAAGAGACGCGUAAGCAUCAUUAAUGGAAUUGCAUGGGGUCUUUUGUAUUCGCAUGAGGAUUCUCGACUCAAAAUUAUUCAUCGUGAUCCCAAAACUGGGUUUGCUCAUGCCGACACUUAUAAUAUGACACCCUUUCUCCCUUUUGGGGCUGGGGGUGUCUUCAGGGAAGCUGCAAUUGUUUACUUUGCUUAUGGAGGAUUUGACAAUAUUGCCACCAUGGCAGAAGAAACAAAAAACCCAUCAAGAGAUAUACCAAUUGGACUGCUUGGAUCAAUGUCAAUCAUCACAGUGAUAUAUUGCUUAAUGGCACUUUCACUAACCAUGAUGCAGAAAUACACAGACAUAGAUCCAGAUGCAGCUUAUCCAAUUGCAUUUCAGAGUGUGGGGAUGAAAUGGGCAAAAUACCUGGUCGCUCUUGGUGCCCUUAAGGGGAUGACAACUGUUCUUCUGGUAGGGGCACUCGGUCAGGCACGGUAUACUACUCACAUUGCACGAGCCCACAUGAUCCCACCAUGGUUUGCACUUGUUCAUCCAAAGACUGGAACACCAAUAAAUGCCACACUUCUUAUUGCCAUUUUAGCUGCUGUCCUUGCGUUCUUUUCAAGCUUGGGUAUCCUCUCAUCCUUGUUAUCUGUAAGCAAACUCUUUAUCUUCAUGAUGAUGGCUAUUGCACUUCUCAUGAGGAGAUACUAUACGUGAGAAAUCACACAACUGUACCUCUUGAA